AUGAACGACGAUUACGACAACUUUGAUGAGUACAACGACGCUGCCGAUGAUUGGGAAGCAGAAGCGGCAGAAGAGGAAGCACGUGAAAAGGAGAUACUCGAACAGAAGGCUAACAUUGAGGAGCAGAAACUUAAGAAACGCAUUAAGGCCCCUGCAAAAGUGAAGAAGGAAGAGGAAGAGGAAGAGACAAUUGCAGCAGACAUAGCAGCAGCUCUUAUUACGAUGAAAGAGAAGGCGAGCAGUGCGGGAGAGGCGAUGCAUUUAUUGGGGGAUGGGGACGAGGGUGCACGGAGGCUCAUUGCGGAUAUGCCUGUGAAAACCGAACAAGAUGCAACAGAACUUGGAGAAGCCAUCGCGAAGCGGCUGCUGACUUUUUCCCGGCUGCCACACUUUAAUACGAUGCUUGCUGUUGUGUUUCAGGAUUUUGCUCAAGAAUUUCGAACACUUUACGCUGCAAACAUGGAGGCGACAAGGGUGCAUGUAUCCAGCGAGGAGGCGAAGAGGCGAAUCAAAAAAGCCAAGAAGGCAAAGGGAAGCAAUCACCACGACGACGCUGCCACGAUAGAAACCACCGUCAAUAAGGAGCCAGAUAUCGAAAAGAAGGAUCGUGAUGCUUUGGAUUUUGACGCGGUAAAUGACGCUGGCGGUGCGGCUGGUGUUUCAAUUGAGGAGGAAGACUUUAUGUGA